AUGGACUCACAGCUUAUCCCCUGGACUGGCCCUGGGCAGCCUACAGACGUGAUUGACGUCAAGCUUUUGGCUAAGAGGCUUGAUGUCUUCUACAAGGGCAUACCAGACCGCUUUUCGCGCAUUGAACGUGCUAUGAGUCGUGUCUGUACCGCUCUUCAGUUCCUACAAAUCCUGGUCCCCCAUUGCAAGCCAUCUGAGGUCACUCUGCGCUACUUUUGGGAGCUCCUUAUGAUUGAGAUGGAUAAGGCGCUCUAUCUCAUCGUGAAGUUCAAGGAAAACGAAGUGUAUGAUCCGAUACUCGAAUACAUCCAGGGUGUUAUGCGCACCCGUGAAAAUUCCGUCGAUCAGAGCUUGUCCUUGGAGUAUAUUGAGCAGAAGGUUAAGGAGGGCGUACCGGAGAAGGUGAUAUGGCCGCAGGAGGGGGAUCCAGCUUGGCUUGGUGAUACGCAGUGGUGGAGUGGACUUCCUGCUACCGUAAAGGCCCGUCGCGCUGACAUCCCUGGCGCAGUCACUCGAGCCGACAUGGGCGAAUAUUUCAAGUCUAUCGCGUACCUGAAGCUCCCUGACCGUCCUAUCGACAAAACCGAACGCCAAAUCGCCAAACUACUCGAGUCCUUGGCCAAGCCAUCUCUUGCGCAGCUUCUGAGGGGCCCAGGACCGUCAAAUGUGGCCCAGAAGAAGAUGAAGGCUGGCGGGAGUGCCGGCGGUACCGGCGGGACUCGCGGUACCGGCGGUACUGGCGGUACUGGCGGUAGCGCGCGGGACAUCGGCGGGAGUGCCGUGCUUGAAGCUCUUCAGCCUGAGGUGCCUAUGCGCAAGCGGGCGCGUUUGAAGCCUGGCCAAGGCGCGAAGAUUGCUGCUGCCAAGGAGAAGGAGGAGGCGGAGAAGCACGCGCGCAAGAUGCGGAUUGAGGAGGGCGAUGACGACGACGACGCGGAUUACCAGGCCAACCCCGACAGCGAUGCAGGCUCUGACUUUGCUCCCUCUGAACCUGCGCCAUCACGAUCUCGUUCAGCAGCCGUGCGUGCCAGCGCUGUGCCCGAACGGUUGGCGGAGCCGCCAGUUGCCAAGUCCAAGCGCACUCUCAAGUGGGGUGUGCCCACUGGCGAUGAUAUCCGCGCGUCCAUCACCUUUCUGGAGUCUGAGGACGAGAUCUUGAAGCAGGCGAAGCGGGCUGGUACCAUAAGUGCGACCCAGUUUUGGAACUUACGCGCUAUUCAUGGUAUCAGAAACGAUGCGCCACUCAACCCGGGUCCGUGCAAGGACUGCAUCGCCGCCAAUAAGCCGUGCAUCUUCCGUGGGCUUGCGAAGAAAGGGAAGUCUGUCUGCGUCCUCUGCCAGAUUCGGCGCCACAAGUGUGACGACUGCUCGUCGUUCUCGCCCGAGACGCGCACAUCCCCCGCUAUCUGGAAUCCGGACCCUAACCUGCGCACCGCUAUGAUUAACAAGCUCCUGGACCUGAAGCUCAUCACCCAGGACCGUCUGAAUGCAUGGUUCGAUGCUAAGGGCAAUGUCAUGUCCAAGCCCGGUGAUGACAUUCUCAUUGCUGAGGCGGCUGUUGCGCGCAAGCGGGCGAAGACUGAGCCCAGGACGACACAGAUCCCUCCGUCUUCCGCAGACGAAGCUGCUGUUGACCGCGCAACGUCUCAUAUGCUUCAUGAGGACGUUGAUAUGGCGGAUGAUACUGGUGCAACGUUGGAGACCCCCCUCAUGCCUGACGCAGACGACACACCGGCUCAGUCUGAUGCUGGUGCGCGCUCCAAGCGUCCGCGUGUGUCAAACGACGCGGCUGGUGGAUCAUCCUUAGCCGAUACGCGUCCACGGAAGCGCCCCGCAUUAACGAUUCAAACGUCAAAACGCCAGUCCAUCCGUCAGGCCGUCUACGUCAACCCUCCUCCCGCAUCUCCGUCGCUUUUAUCCGCCUCCGUUCAGCCUGGUGCGCCGGGCGAGUUCGCCCCACGGUCCAUUCCACCUCUUGUGCGCCAGGCCAUUGGGCCGGAUUCUACUCCAGCCCAUGCAAACACAUUGCUGGAUGCGCGCACGGAGUAUCUGAUGACCAUGCGGUCGGCAGGAGAGCGCUAUUCAGAGCGCAUUCACACCAUCCAGCCGCAGAUCCAGCAGGACGAGCUCUUAAGCUCGUUCAUGGAGUCUCAGCGCACGCUCAUGGAGCAAGUCCAAACGCUCUCGACGCUCUUUGAGUCGUACAUUGCGUCCAGAACAACUGGCGCGAGCCCUGUGAGCGACACCGAGCAUCAUACAGCCUCUUCACCUCAUCACGCUUCGCCCGGGCCAUCAUACAUGCCCGUUGACGAACCUGAGCUCACAGGCUUCGACAUCAACAACGUCCUGAGCAACGAGCCUGCGCGCGAGACUCCUCAGCACACGGCUAUCGCGAAUGACGGUGCAGAGCAUCCGCUCAGCCCUGUACCGCCACUUCCUCCCUUCAAGGAGGUGCCGCGGGUCUCUGCUUCGCGUUCCGCCAGUCCCGCGCGUCCCGCGAGUACCGCCAGUACCGCGGGUGGCGAUGGUACCGCAGGUACCGCAGAUGGAUCUAGUACCGCCAGUACCGCGGAUGUCGUGCAGCAGCCAAUGCAGUCUUUCAUGCUAGGCUCACCUUCGCCUGUGAUGGCAGCCUCUCAGCCUGAAUCCGCACCCCAAAUCCCACUCGACCGUGAUAGCGAUGAGGAUUCUGGCUCCGCUGAACUUCCUGGACUUAGCCACGCCACCCCGACUGUCGUUCAGCUCCCCGGGCUAGACGGAUACGAGUCUGACGCCAUGUCUCCCGUUCUACACACGGCCUCCACGCCUGUGAGGGAGCCUGAGCCUGCUCCGCGUGAUACGGCCUCGUCCGUUGUCGACCAGCUGCCCAUUGAUGGUGAGGAUUCGGGGUCGGAAGACACAGGCGAAGCGAUACAACCGUCCUUCCCGGCUGAGGCGGCUCCGCAACUAGGCGACAAAGAGAACUCAAGCCUGAAAUCCUUGCCAGCUGAUGGACAGCCCAUCAGUACAACUGACCAACUUCCAGUUGACGCUGACAGCGAUCAUGAUAGUCCUGUUAACAGUGGCGCACCGGCUCAGCUCCCUAUGGACGAGGAUGAGGAGUAA